ACCUGUUGUUAGUCAUAGGCAUUUGCGUAUUUUAUAUACCAGAAAGAGGAAGUUUUAGUAGCAAAUAUUUAGAUUGAAUUUACGUAAAAAUGUAUUUUCCCAAUUUCAUUUUAACUGGAGUUAUAUUAAUAUAUAGGCAAAUAUACUAUGAUAUUGUAUCUUGCCAAGAUGUCUCCAUGACACUACCGCGGACAGUACUUUUUCAGCAAGACAAACUUACGUUUGAAUGUAGUCCUUCCAAUGUACCAAGGUGGGGUGGUGUAACUCACAUCAUACUCUCCAAAAAUACAUCAACUGGUUUUCAUAACAUCGUUAGUGUUCUUCUUAAUUUUUUAUAAGAAAUGAAAACAGUCUGGACUCAAUCAGGUUUGCAGCAGCGUGCUACUGUUAUUAAGGAAUAUGUGCAUCCACUUAGCACUUCUGCUGGACUAGAGUUUGACAUCCAAGCCGAUAACGUUUUAUGUUCAGAUGAAGGAACAUAUCGCUGUAAAGUAAGUGGUACCUCAUCUAUUAACCAGCCAAUAGAGAUAGAUAUAAUUGGGACUGUACAAUUUAAAGUUGAAGCCACGAUCAAUCAGAUUCAGGUCAGUCCAAAACCAGAAAUGGAAGCAUCUUUUAGACCUAAUACAUUGAUUGAGUUGAGUUGUACAGGAACAGUAGGAAGAAAUCAUGUCGGGGUAUUAAGAUGGUGUUACAGGAGAGGUGAUAUGUUUAACUUCAAUGGUUGGCCAAAUGCCGAAGACUAUGACCAGGGAAUGUUGGUUCAGCUAGGCUGCCAGAAUAGUCAAACGUCUACAUUGAGAUACAAUGUAUCUGCCGAUUAUAGAUAUACUGAAUUCAGAUGUGAAAGUGGCGAUUCAUUUUUGCCAUGUGGAUUUUCCAAAACAAUUGCAUCCAAUAUUGUAAUAUACAGGUAUUCAGUGCCAAUACAGUCCACUACUUUAACUUCAGUAGAAACAACAGACACAGUGUCACUACCGUCCACUUCGUUAAAGUCUGUGGAAAUAAGAGAUUUAGUGUCACUACAGUCUACUUCUAUAACGACUGCGGAAACAAGAGAUGUUAUUGAUGCGUAA